AUGGAUAAAAUUAUUUGCAGCCUUGUUACGGUGUUUAACUUUUUGCAGCCAGUUUCUGAAAAAAUGAAAUAUUGGGAUGUCAAGAAAAAGUCUGCGAGAGAAGCUGAUCAGGUUGGUCAAAAUUUCUUUCAUAUUCUUUCAUAAUGGAGCUCAAACAAAGCCAAGGUACCAUUCAUUAUGAAGAAUUCGUUUAAAAAAAAUUUCUCUAUUAUCUAUUUUCUUUUUGAUCAUAUACUAUAGAUGUAAAAGAGCAACUCGUGCAAAGCUAAAGAACAUAUUUAAGGUUAUGUAAUUUUAAUCUGAUCUACUUUCUUCGUUGUAGGAAGGAAAAGUCCGAAACAAGCCAGGGCCAAAACGACAAGUGCCAUUGUUUGCCGAGUUUAUUUUAGCUCUCGUGAGGCUUAUUACAAGAUAUCGCUAUCUUUAUGUUCAAAAUAAGGAAUACAUUACUGCCUUACAACAUACUAGAACUCUUCUCGUCAUCGCUCUCGAACUACAACCUGAGGAACUCGGACUUUCAAGUUCAAAGGGUAAAAUCUGUUAAAUAUGGAAAGCAUUCCGUCAGAUUUUUUGGGCCAUUUUUAUGGUCAAAAUUGAGUAUGAAGGACAGAAACGAGACCUCCUUAAGCAGAUUUAAAGCAAAUAUAAGGAGAAAAGAUCUGAGCAAAUUGGUUAGUGACAACGCAUGCAAAGGGUGCCACUCGUGUGACUCAUAAUCCAUAAACAGAAAAUAUCAUAACUAGUAGAGUUGAUAUAUUAUAAAAUUGUAUACAUAGUUUUCUCUUAUUUAUUACAUAGGUGUAUUUUCGAAGCGUAUUGAAUAUCGUGUAUCUUUUAAGUAGUUUUAGAACAGUUAAAUCUUAUUGGCUUAUAGUAUUAUGUAUAUAUAUUUCUUAUUAAUAAGUAAUUUAAGUUGUGUCCCCGAUUAGUAAGCCUGACGGCAAGCUAGAAGAUUAGACACUUAAAUAAAGUUGUAGAUUGAUUGAUUGAUUAGACUGGGUUUGUUGGUUGGUCAUCUAGCUGACAUUUAUUCAUUUUCUAAAGGAUCUUUAUCUAAAAUCUUCACAAGGACAUUCUUAUUGCUUGGACUACAAUGCAUCAAGUUAGGAGACAUCUCCCAAAGAGUUUUGCACAGUUUCCUCGAACAAGAGUACUUAUGGAUUGUACCGAAAUGAAAAUUCAAAAACCCACUCGCCCAUUUAUACAAAAAGUUACUUGGAGAAAUUAUAAAAGAUCAAAGACCUUUAGGCUUUUAGUUGGAAUUUCUCCCACUGGUGCUUUCACAUUUGUCUCAAAACUCUGGUCUGGAGGUGUUUCAGACAGAAACAUCACUAUAAAAUCAGGUCUCAUAGACACAUUAAGACCUAAUGAUGAUCGCAUGGCAGAC